AUGAACGCCAUUCGCACACUAUCUCGACCAGCAUCACAGGCAAUUAGAACUGCCUCAAUCAAGCCUUCACUCUUUCACACCUCUAGUGUCGUCAGCAGCGGAAAGACCAUUGAAGCUACCGACAAGACUUUUGCUGACCUUGUAGAGAAAGCAGACCACCCUGUCAUUGUUGACUUUUAUGCCGAGUGGUGCGGCCCUUGUAAAGUGCUUGGACCUAUUCUUACUAAAGCUGUUGCCGACAACAAGAAGGUGACCCUUGUUAAGCUUGAUGUGGAUUCAGCCAUGGAUAUUGCUCAAAAGUAUCAAAUUGCCGCCAUGCCUACUGUGUUUGCUUUCCAAAACGGCAAGGUUGUUGACGAAUUCGUCGGUAUGCGCGACAGAAAGUUUUUGACUGAAUUUGUCAACAAGCACGGCGACAGACAAUAA